CCAAACGUCGUUCUCACCAACUGCCUCAACAAUAAAAAAUAGUAUUAGAAUUCCACAAUAUAUAUAACAUAUCUAUUACUUAUUAACAAUGUCGUGAUUGUUUAUUUAAAUGAAGUUUUUAAAAAUGUAUAUCUAUCACCAAGUGCCAGUGUUCAAAUAAUUUAAAUAUAAAUAUAGUUAUUGUAACAAAUAAUAAUCACAACAAAUAUAUAUAGAUAUAAAUAUAUAUAUAUAUAUAUAAAAACAAUGGCCAGUGAUAUAUGGAGAUGGAGAAGCUCGGACGUUUCCAGGACGUCAAUUGUUAGUUUUUCGUUACAAAAAAUUAUUUUAUGGAGGUUUAUUGUCCUUAUGUGCUAUAGUUAUUUUUUUUUACCCGACACUGUCAUGGCUUUUGACAUUAAUAUUCAUCAUGCGCCUUCAGCAGAGUUCAGUUCCUACAAAUCAGUAAAGCCGCGGAUAUUUCACGGUCGUAGUAAACGUGAAAUUUUUGACACAAGAGAAAAUGAACACAAACACGCAGAUAUAUUAACAGUUGGUUUUGAAGUAGACGGUGUUGAGCGUAUUCUAGACUUAAGACUUAAUACAGACCUCAUUCCGGUUGGGUUCAAACAACGAAGACAACACAAUGGUGGAUAUAAAACAGAAGUGCCUGACAAACAUGAAAUUUGUCAUUAUCAAGGAAGUGUUCGUGGUAUACCAGACUCAUGGGUAGCAGUGUCAACUUGUCAUGGAUUUAAAGGUGUUAUUUUUGACGGGGAAAACAUGCAUCAUAUUCACCCAGAAUAUGAGACAAUAAAUUCAAAUCAUUACUUAUACAAACACAGCGAUCUCUUAAAUAAUUACACAUGUGGAUAUAAAGGAAGUCAUGACGCAACAUCACAUUUAAAUUUACGUAGAAAGAGAGCUACUGAAAUAGUACGAGGUCCUUAUAACGCCAAUAGACAGUCCCGUUAUGUGGAGCUGGUGCUCGUUAUUGAUAAGAAAGAAUUUACGGCAUUGGGUGAAAAUAUUGAUAAAGUUCAUCAUCAUUGUAAAGAUAUCGCAAAUAUUAUCAAUGCACUUUAUACACCAUUAAAUAUAUUCGUUGCGUUGGUCGGCGUUGAAGUAUGGACAGACUCUGAUGAAAUAACGUUAUCAUCAAAAGGUGAUACGACAUUAGCUAAUUUUUUACGUUAUCGCCGUGAAAUGCUGGUUAAAGAGAUACCUAAUGAUAAUGCUCAAUUGUUAACACGAAUAAACUUUGAAGACGGAGUUGUCGGCAAAGCAUUAAAAGGUCCAAUUUGUACGUACGAAUUUUCUGGAGGUGUGUCAAUAGAUCAUUCAAAUAUCAUUGGAAUAGUUGCCGCGACAGUUGCACAUGAAAUGGGACAUAAUUUUGGAAUGGAGCACGACAGUGUUGACUGUGAUUGUCCAGAAGAUCGAUGUAUAAUGGCAGCAUCAAGUGGGUCAACAAGUCCCAUUCAUUGGUCAUCUUGCUCUCUAGAAUACCUAGCACUGGCAUUUGAACACGGAAUGGAUUACUGUCUGCGCAAUAAACCCCUAAAGUUAUUCGACAGUCCAAUAUGCGGCAACGGUUUCGUCGAACCUGGCGAGCAAUGUGACUGUGGGUUGAAAGAAAAUUGCGACAAUCCGUGUUGCAAUGCUACGACUUGCAUGCUCUUCUCAAAUGCCAGCUGCGCGACGGGCGAAUGCUGCGAUCUCAAAACAUGCAAACCAAAAAAUGCUGGGGUCGAGUGCCGUGACGCUGAGCAUGAGUGCGACUUGGCCGAGUACUGCACCGGGCAGAGCGAGUACUGUCCGAAAGAUGUGUUCAAAAUAGACGGAGAGAGCUGCAAUAUGGGCAAAGCAUUCUGCUAUCAAGGCAGCUGCAGAACUCACAAUGACCAGUGUAAGUUAUUGUGGGGACCCAGUGGUUCUUCUUCUGACUCUCAGUGCUAUAAUAUGAAUAACAAAGGCACCAAGUUGGGAAAUUGUGGCUACAAUCGAUUAAACUCCAGUUACAUCAAAUGUGAUGACCCGAAUAUUUUAUGUGGAAUGUUACACUGCAAACAUCUAAAUGAAAGAUUAGAAUUCGGUAUGGAGUCAGUGGCUAUUUUAAGUCACUCCUUUAUAAACAAUGGCGGUAAAAUAAUAGCAUGCAGGUCAGCGAUGGUCGAUCUGGGAUUGAAUCAAGUCGAUCCUGGAUUAUCACCAGAUGGUGCUAAAUGUGCUCCUGGAAAGAUGUGCGUAAAUCAGAAAUGUAUGCCGAUAGCCGAUUUAAGAACGCUAACAAUCGGCCGCGAUAUAUGUCCAAAUAAUUGCGGCGGCAAUGGUGUUUGUAAUAGCCUAGGACAUUGUCAUUGCAACCGUGGGUUCCGGCCUCCAGAUUGUGUUCAACCCGGUUACGGUGGAUCUGAUGACAGUGGCCCUGCUGAAGAUCCUAAUGCGAGAAGUGACUUUGUGACAGUACUCUACAUAGUAUUUCUCGGUAUCGUACCGACAAUAUCAUUUAUAUCAAUCGGAGUGUGGUAUCGUAAAAAUAAUUCAUCACGUCCUGGCUGGAAGAAGGAUAUGUUAUCACCAAAUGACCGUGGGUUCGGAAUCAAGACAAUCGAUCGCCCGCACCACCAGUACCACCCCCACCCACAUCACCACCACCACCCACUGUCUGGAAUCGAGACAAUAGACUCGACCCUAUCAACGGAUCCAGCCUGCGCAAGUCUUCUCCCAAAAUCCGGUGACGAGGACGAAAGAUUCUCGAAUAAUUUAUUCGGACACUUCAAAGGUUUUACUUUAAAACCAUUAUCUGAUGAUUUAUCAACCGAAUCUUCAACAAUCAUACCUGGACAACCUUUAGCAUCAAUAAUAACACUUGAUUCAUCAACAAAACCACCUGGACCAUCAGCAAAACCACCUGGACCAUCAGUUCCAUCAACGAAUCAACCUGGACUAUCAACAUUACCACCUAGCCAACCAGUAUUAUCAUCAUUACCACCUGGAUCAUCAACUCUACCACCUGGUACAUCAAUAACCCAACCUGGACACCACCUAAAACAUGAACCAACCAAACCAGCACCAGCACCGCCAACAGUAACACUAAAACCAACGAUCCGUCCACUCCGCAGUGCAUUUACAUCCCAACCUCUUAGUUCCCAAUCAGCACCAGCAUUGCCACCACUAAAUCCUGGUAGCACAGCACGUCCACUUAUCAGCAGCCCAGUCCUCGCAGCAACAACUUGUACUACCGUGGAUUUACCAGUUCCAUCACGUCCAGCACCAGAAGUACCAAUCCGUCCACCAGAAACUCUCGAUUCAUCAACUUCUUUGACAUCAUCAUCAACUGUUCCUGCUUUGUCAUCAAUUCCCGCUUCCUUGACCUCGAAUCCCACUGAAGACAGACCUAAAUCAUCAACAUUGAAUCGUAUCGCAUCAAUACUACGCCCCCAGGCGCCCAAAUCAUCGCGUCAUCAAAAAGCAAUAAAGGUCGAUAAAGAAAUUUUACGUAACCUAGAAAUUUCAAAUCCAAUUCCUCAGCAGAACAUCAAAGUAACCGGUUCUAGUUUGCCGAUUUCUGUUGAUUCCGUUGACUCCCCAGACUCUAGACCAUCCGAAGCUAAAACUAGUAGACCGGAUGUUAAUUCAAAGCAAGAAGACAAAAAAGUUGUAAUGCGAGCACAGAGUAUGCGCGAUAGCAAGCAACCGAGACCAGCGAUUCAUUCAUUUGGAUCAAUGCGGUCAUCAGUCUUCAAAAGGCCGUCAUCAAUUCCUAACAAUCGUCCAACUUCACCCCCACCUCCAGUGCCGACUCAACAGGAAUCUCUGAACCUAGAGCUCAAAAUUCCUGGGCUGCCUGGUUACCAGACGCCGAUAACCCAAAUAAAUUUGACCAAACAGACAGACUAUGAUGACUGCAUGAAUCUGAUUGGCCACAACAAUAAGUCAUGCGAUAACAUCUACGCGGUCAUUGAAGAAGUUGAUGACAAAACCUACAAAGUGCCCAAGCCUGUUGACAAUGGGUUGGGUCUACUUGGGGAAAUAGUAUCAGAGAUUGCGAACCGUAAUUUUGAUUCCAUCUAUUCGACGUCAACUUUGAAACGCAAUAAGAAUAAACAUCUUAAUGAUGCUAAUUACGUUAAUUCAAGUGCUAAUGACAAUGCAAAUCAUUACAAAUCACCAGCGAGCAUUUAUUCAAAUUCCUCGACCACGAUGUCCGCGGUUUUAUCUGAAACUUCAUCUGGUUACUUGUUACCAUCAGCUGUUAAUGUCCCGAGAUUGGGACAGACCAAGGACAUGGGAAGAGAACGGGAAGAAGCUGAACCUGGGCCUGGUUUUGGUCCUGGUUCUGGACCUGGACUUGGUCCUGCCGAUAAGGUAGGAAAAAUUGACAUCAAUGAUAAAUUAAAUAGGUUAGAAUCGAGUAACCCGAAUGUCAAUGACUCGAUGUCAAAAGCACUGGGUCUAAAACCUCCCAGUCCUGUAAAACCAACGGUCGGUAAAAAGGACAGUAAAGUUGAUGAUAAGAAGGUUAGGAAUUUAGCCAAGGACAGGAGUCCCAAGAAAAAAAUCGGGCGCCAGGAUUCUGCUGGUAGUCUCAAAGGAAAGGAAAGUGGGGGUGGGAGUUGUGAGGUCAUAAGUCCGGAUGUGGUUACCAGCUGUAGUUCUGGAAAAAAUACGGAACCUGAUGUCCUGAGUGGGGGAAGUUUGGGAGGGAAAGGAAAUUAUAGGAAUUUGGGAGGUAUUGGAAGUAAUGGAGGAAAUUCGGGAAUUUCGGGAAGUAAUGAAAAGAAAGGAGGAAAUUUUAAGGACAAUGGAAUUUUAGGAAGUAACGGAGGGAAUUCUGGAAUUUCGGGAAGUAACGGAAAUUCAGGAAUUUCGGGAAGUAAUGGAAAGAAAGAAGGAAAUUGCAAAGACAAUGGAAUUUUAGGAAGUAAUGGAAAGAAAGAAGGAAAUUUCAAGGACAAUGAAAGUUUAGGAAUUAAUGGAGGAAAUUCUGGAAUUUCAGGAGGUAAUGGAAGAAAUUCAGGAAUUUCAGGAAGUAUUGGAAAGAAAGGAAAUUUCGACGACAAUGGAAAUUUAGGAAGUAAUAGAGGAAAUUCGGGAAUUUCAGAAAGUAAUGAAGGAAAUUCCGAAAUAAAUAAAAAUACGAAAGGAAAUUUAAGAGAAAAAGAAGGAAAUAUUGUAAGUAACGACAAGAAAUCAGAUAUUAAUAAAGGAAAUUUAGGGAGUGGGGGUAAUUCGGACAGUACAGCAAAAGUCAACUCCGAAAAUGAAAUAAAAGAAAAACCCAAAACUCCCUUAGCAAACAAAGGGAAAGUUAUCAUUCGACCGAGUAGUAUCGUCGCCAAAGCCGCGACUUUCGUCGAGCGCAAAAAGUCACCGACAGGGGGUAAAUUGGCCAGUCCCCCAAGUAACUCCGUGGUCAAUAAAAACAUAAAUACUGGCUCAAUUAACUCCGGAAUUUCUAAGGGGUUAGGAAUUUCCGGGGUUAAUAGUAAAGGUUAUGGAGUCAGUGGCGCUAGUGGGAACUCUGGUAGUGGGGGUAGCGGAGCUAAAGAACCAUCAAAUAAAAUAGAUAAUAAAAAUUUAAUUAAAAAAGCUGCCAAUAGUAAAACGAACGUUGCGUCACUGCAACAAAAAUUUGAACCCAAGUUUGUAAAUAUUAAUAGUAAUAAAAAAUUUGGUAAUUCCAGUGGUGGGGGUAAGUAAUUAAGAUAUUAAUUAAUUAAUGUUAAUUUUUUUUAUCUAGUCUACUUAAUAUAAAAUGACUGAUUAUUUUUUUUCU